AUGGGGAGAGGCCUAAGCAUGGAUACAGAAAUGAAAGCCCCAAUAUUCGGCCCAAACUCGGUUGCCAGUUGCUCGGCUCCAGCUCCACCUUUUCUCGCUAAUCCUCUGGGGGAGGGUAAGCGAAUCGGCGUUCGGUGCUACGUCGUCCUGUUCGCUCUAGGGUUCAGCUUUCUCUUCAGCCUUUUCUCGCUAAUCCUCUGGGGCGCCAGCAAAGCCUACAAGCCUGAGGUCUACAUUAAGAGCGUGGUGUUCGAGUUCUACAACGUGCAGGCGGGGAUGGAUCAGACCGGGGUUCCGACCGAGAUGCUGUCGUUGAAUUCGACGGUCAAGAUUAAGUUCCGGAACACGGCGACGUUCUUCGGCGUGCACGUGAGCUCCACGCCGCUGGAGCUUUACUACGACGACCUCAAAGUUGCGUCGGGUCAGAUGAAGGAAUUCUACGAAUCAAGAAAGAGCGGGCGAGUCGUAUCCGUAUCCGUAUCGGGGACCCAAAUACCCCUGUACGGAGGUGGCUCGAGCCUGAACAGCGGGCCCACUGAAAACGGUGCGCCCGUCGCGGUUCCGUUGGACCUGACCUUUGCGAUCCGGGCUCGAGCCCACGUGCUCGGCAAGCUGGUCAAGUCCAAGUUCUACCGUCACGUGCACUGCACGCUUCAUCUGCGUGGGAAGAGGCUUGGGAAGCCGGUGGCUGGGAUAAAAAAGGCGUGCGAAUAUCGUGACUGAACAAACAUUUGGAAUCUUUGUCGGUCAAAGUUAUUGUUGUUGGGCGUCGUUAUUACGGGAGAAAAAGGAAGAGCCCGGGAUGGAAAUUUCCUGUUUGUCUUGUUGUUGGGCAGUUAACUAUUGUAGUAGAUUUAGGAGAUAUUUUGGAUAUGUACUAUUAUGUUUUUUUUAUUUGUGCACAAUCUUCUUUGA